AUGUAUCGUGACCAGCUGCUUCAUGACACCCACCCCGGCACAGCAGUCGAAUACAUGCUAAGGGCACUCCCUGCUCUGCGCGAAUUUCACACGACCUACGACGAAGACACUCGUGGGCUCAUGGUCGCCACAGCCAUCAUCCUACGCCAGUUUGAAGAGAUGGAAGAUGACCAUGAUGAUGACGAAGAAGAGGCGAAGCGAGCAGAUCCUGACUCCCCUAAUACACCUCCUCAAAGGGUCAAUUUCCUGUCCAUUAUUAGUACUGUCCUCAAGAGCUCCAAUACGGAGGAAUGGUCGAACCAUUCUAGUCUCUUGAAAGCAUCGUAUUGGAUUGCGCUUAGACAAGAGAUUUACUACGGCCUCCUGAAGGGCCACCCUCCGGAUUUUGUACAGACACCCCAGAUUUAUGCCAAUGCAUCUCCCACAAACCGACUGAUCAUACAUGCUAGUCAUGUUACGGCAUGGCACUUUGACGGUAGAUCAGAGCAAGAAUGGUUGAUACUGAAACAACAAGAAGAAACUCUCGAGGAGACCGUGGUGAAGCAAUUCGAGCCCAUACUAUCACUUCCACCUAAAAAGGAAGAUGGCCAUGUUUUCCCCAUAAUAUGGUAUCACUCGGCCAUCGGACUUACUGCAAUGCAACACUUCUUGCUCGCAAAGAUGAUCCUUCUGGCCGAGUCGCCUUUGCUAGUACAAUCAUCCGAUGCAAGGUCGGCGUUUAGAGAGGCAGAACUGCGAGUUCGCUCCAUCGCGCUGGAUAUCUGCGGUAUCGCCAUUCAACACCCGAAGACCCCCCCUGCUCUGGUGAAUGCGGCGUUGGCCAUACAUCUGUAUGGCCAUUUCUUUGUGGAUCACUACGAACGACAGGCACUCAAGGGUGUCAUCGGUCGGUUUCGUGAUGCGUGUGCUUGGCCAGUACCAAGGCCACUGCAGCAGUUCGAGUGA